AUGGGCGACCAUAUCCUCUUCUGCUAUGGAACCCUAAUAGCACCACAAAUGCUUCACCGUGUAAUCCAUGGCAGCCCCAAUCCAGAACCCUGGCAAAAAGCACUCAUCCGCUUCCAACCCGCCCUCCUCCACGGCUAUCGACGCCAUCGAGUGCGGGGCGCAGAUUAUCCAGGCAUCGUGGCCGAGACAGACCCCAAGACUGAGUCUGAAUCCGCAGAGUCUGCCGUGCUAGGCGUUCUUGUCUACGGCCUCACAGACGGAGACAUAUAUCGCUUGGACAAGUACGAGGGGGGCGAGUACGUGAAAGAAACCGUCAACGUGCGGGCGUUGCGUACAUCGGUGCAAGACGGUGAUGUUGGUGGGGAGGAGAAGGUUGAGGAGGCUUCUUCGGAAUCGCAAUUGCGGGAUAUGCUUCGUGCAGCGGGGUCGAAUGUUGCUGAUGAAGGGGAUGAGGUGGUUGCUGCUACUUAUGUGUGGAUUGCGGGGAAGGAGAGGCUUGAGGAAGAGGAGUGGGAUUUUGAGACGUUUAGACGGGAUAAGCUUGCGUGGUGGGUUGGGGCGAGGGAGAGUGAGUGGUAG